AUCAGCAGCCGCAGCAUCACCUAACGCAGUAGCGAGAGCUCCUCGUGGAGGGAGGUAGGAAAGGGCCCUAGCAAGCCGGCCGCCGCCGUCGAGCUAGACCUCACUCUUCUUCCUCCCUCUCUCCCCGUCGUCGUCUGCAAUGGCAGGAGGGCUCCUCCACAUGGCUCACCCGGCGAUCACCCUCUCCGGCGUCGCAGGGAACAUCAUCUCCUUCCUGGUGUUCCUCGCACCAGUGACGACGUUCCUGCAGGUGUACCGGAAGAAGACGACGGGCGGGUUCAGCUCGGUGCCGUACGUGGUGGCGCUCUUCAGCUCGGUGCUGUGGAUCUUCUACGCGCUGGUGAAGACCAACUCGAGGCCGCUGCUGACCAUCAACGCCUUCGGGUGCGGCGUGGAGCUGGCCUACAUCGUCUUCUACCUCGCGUACGCGCCCCGGAAGGCGAGGCUGAGGACCCUGGCCUACUUCUUCCUGAUGGACGUGGGGGCGUUCGGGCUCAUCGUCGUCGUCACCCUCUUCGGCGUCCGCAAGCACCUCCAGGUGAAGUUCCUCGGCAGCGUGUGCCUGGCCUUCUCCAUGGCCGUCUUCGUGGCGCCGCUCAGCAUCAUCGUCAAGGUGGUGAAGACCAAGAGCGUGGAGUUCCUGCCCAUCAGCCUCUCCUUCUGCCUCACCCUCAGCGCCGUCGCCUGGUUCUGCUACGGCCUCUUCACCAAGGACCCCUUCGUCAUGUACCCGAACGUGGGCGGCUUCUUCUUCAGCUGCGUGCAGAUGGGUCUCUACUUCUGGUACCGCAAGCCCCGGGCCACGAACGCCGUGCUGCCGACGACCGGCGACGGCGGAGCGGCGGCUCCGUCGGUGCAGGUGCAGGGGCAGGUGAUCGAGCUGGCCCCCAACACCAUCGCCAUCCUGUCCGUGAGCCCCAUCCCCAUCGUGGGCGUGCACAAGAUCGAGGUCGUGGACGGCCAGCACAAGGACGCCGCCGUCGCCGCCGAGGCCUGCAGGAUGGCCGCCGCCAACCCCGAGGGCCCGCCGCCGCAGGUCAUCGAGAUCGUCCCCGCCGCAUGACGACUUCGGUCGGUCGAUCCAUCGACCAAAUUAAACAAGGCGCCGAGCAGCAGAAGCAGCGAACUAGAGUCUGAUCUUGCAGGAAGCAUAUAUGUAUCGUGGAUUAUAUAUCUACGGGUGUUGUGCCGUCGUACGUCGGUCGAUUAGUUAUUGGUCGUUUUUAGUUGGUUGUUAAUUGUUGGAUUAUUGUCGUCUCGUGUGUGUGAGUGAUUAGUUGCCCUUGGAUGUCAGAUCACCAAUAAUCAAGUUGUGUGGUAGCGUGUAGCUGCUAUGUUUGCGUGUGGUCUAGUAGUAGUAGCUAGGUUGCAGUCUUAUGGCCUGGUCCUGAUCUCUCUGGUGUAGGUAGUGCUUGCUCCGGAGACCCAUGCAUGAGAUUGUAACAGGGCAUCUGUUUUAGUUUAACGUAUUCUUUGUGUGCUGUGAA